UCUUUUUUUUUGAUCGAUUAUCGGGUACGCUAAUGAUGAUUAUAAUUAGUGAGGUGAUAGAUUAAAUUAUACGUGCGACACGCGUUCAUACGGUCGAUGAGUAAAAGAUAUAUACCUAUAUGAAAUGAGUAGAUACACAUAAAUGAAUAAAUUAAUAAUUCAGACGUGAAAUUUUCCGGAAAUGAAUUAAUCGACAGACUUGUCUGGUGCGUGGAAUAAAUUGUUUCUUCGUUCUUUUUUCUCUGUGUUUUUUUUUUCUCUGCUCUUAUCUCUCGUUACAUUUUUAUUACACGUUAUUGGCGACGGCGUGUCUCGGAUACUUGAAUUAAUACACAUCACGUGCGUUGCCUGUAUUAUCAUAUGUACACGAUUGUGUGUAGUACAACAUUCUGCACAGUAGCUGUUAGUAAUUAAUAUUCAUUAAUACACGUAAUUAUAUCACCCGUUAGAACCUUUUGCAAAGUUUUAUAUUUCAUACACACAACCGCGAUCUGCAGCAUGUUAUUUUAAUCUAACACGAUUGAGUUCGCGUGUUCGGAAAAUUUUAAUUAUUUAUAAACGUCGUGUACUUAGCCAGGAAAAUUAUUUUCGUAAUUCGUAUUUCUAUACAGUGGACAAAAAUGGUUUUUCUUUUUCUAUUUAAAACAAAAAAUUAAUGGGGUAAUCGAUCGGAUUGCUAAAAGAUUUUUGGAGAAGAUCGUAUACGAGAAAAUUUUUGUAAAUUCCGAAUAAGUUUUCUCGCUUUGAAAAUUUUUCAGAAUAUCGAUCAGGUUUCAAUUGAAUAUAUAUUCUGAUUAGUUUACACGUUAUUCGCGGUGGUGACAAAUGGAAAUUAAAAAAUUAUCGUACUCGGAAUUUGCUUGCAUAAUAUUUUCUAAUCUAUUAUUACAUUCGUGUAAAUGCAAAUUAGGAAAUGAUAGCAAUGAUGUUUAGUUUAUGAGAAAUAUAUAGUUCAACUUAUACUUUCACCCUUACGCAGAAAUACCUGAUGCAGAUCACAUCGUAUCCCGCUCGAUUAAUUAUUACUGGUUCGUUUGCAGAUUAUUGGAAAAAUAUUCAAUUUCAUUUUUUUAAUAUUAUUGAAAUUUUCUUCACAGUACAUACGUGCGUAUGUAAAUAUCCGAUACGAAUCUCACCACGCGAAUAUAAGUACCCGUACCUACGUAGUUACGUAUGUCUAUGUAUAGCAACUAAUUAGAGAAACGUAAUUAAACAUACAUAUAUAUAAUAUGCAUAAGCGAACUACUGGGUGUGAAAUCAGAUCGGGAUGUCUAUGAGAACGUUUCGAAAUGCUUAUUUAUGAACUAUUUCACGUGUGACGUGAUUUAAAUCCUUUCAGAGAUUUACGUUUGCAUAACUUUUUUUUUUUUUUUCUUUCUUCUCAUUUCACAUACGUACGCAUAUUUUAUAUCUACAUAUUCGUAUCGUAGUAAUUGGCAAGAUUCUCUUUCAUUGUUUUUAAAAUGUCCAACAAAUCGAUGCACCGUACGUAGUUUUUCGUUUUUUCUUUUUUUUUCAACGAGAGAAAAAAAAUUAGAAGACAAAUAGAAAGAAAAAAAAAAACUACUUUGCGAUUACCCGUUUCAACGGUGGUUAGGAAAACUUGAUCGCGGAUAUUUGAUAAGGAGAACGAGGUUGUAGAUCGGACGAUUACGAGGAGUCCAUGUUUUUUUUUUAUCACCUUAGCGCAUUGAUAAAUGACUCGUCAUCGCCGCAUGAAUAAAAUUGCGAAAUAUGAUCGAGGAGUUUGAAGUAAACGUUGCGUCCUGAGGGUUAUACUGAAACGAUACAUCCUAUACAGGGAUCAUUCAAAAUUCCGACUACAGGAUCGUCCAAUUUUCUUUAUCAUCUAGAUGUGCGAGGCUUUAAAAAUGACUGGAAUAAAAAUAGAUUGUCGCAAAUUCAGCGUCUGCAUCGCUUUUCUAGCGAUUAUUUCCAGUCACAUCGUCAGCGCCGAGAAGCAAAAACGGCAGAUUUUCAGGGAACAAGUUCUCCCGGCAAGGGGUGGAAAAAUCCCCGAAGAAGCCUUCAGAGCCGAUAGAUUGGCCUUGAAUCGUUUGAAUAAAGAAGGAAUAACGAUUCCCGACGGGGUUGUCUUGGACGCACGUCAUGUACAGAAACAUCCCCAACCCCCCAGCGGCAUGCCGGAGGUUCUGAAGGUUUAUCUCACUCCUGAGGGAAGAUACGUGCCUCCCGAAGGUCGUUAUAAUUAUCAAAAGCCAAAAGCUAUAGAUACGACCUAUCUGGCACCGCAUCCAGUCGCGAACAAUGCCGCGGGGGGUAAAUUUUACGGGGGAAACGGUUAUCAUAACUCGGCGAAGAAAUUGCACAACUACAAUCAAGGUCAUCGAUACUUCGGACAAACUACGAGGCAACAGAUUUACAAACCUUUACCGGGAACAUUUGUCAUACCAUCGAAUUCUCACGGGAAUGAAUAUCAUUUCGAUAAUAAUUAUUAUCCGAGAUGGAAUACGCAGCCCGAAUACAGAUGGGAAAUAUUCUACGAACCUUUCGACGACGACUAUUUCAUAAACAGCAUAGCUCUGCUGAAUUCUCAUCAGAUCAUAACGGACUAUGAAGGAUUUUUGAACGACUUUCACGAUCGAUCGCUCAGACACAUACCGGAAGGUCCUGCAAAAUCACGGAAAGGUGGAAAUCAGGCGGUGGACAAAUUCCAAGAUGUAAUUAAAACCGGAGGUGCUGCGACGAAGUCAUUUCCUCACGAUUAUAAUUAUAGAAGAGCGAAAAUUUUCGGAUACCCGGAUAUAAAGGAAAUUCCAAAAACUGCAUUCGAAUGCGGACAAAAACGAGGGGUCUUUGCCGACGCUGAAACUAAGUGCCAGGUUUUUCAUCAGUGCGGUGCAAAUGGGAAAAACUCUUUCUUGUGCGCCCCUGGAACUGUUUUCAGCGAGUCGAAGAGGAGAUGCGAAUGGUGGGACACUGUAGCUUGCGAUCUUGAACGUCGUGCAUUUUAGAAUAGAAAUUCUGUUACUUUAACUGUGUCAGAGAAAGAAAAGAAAUCAAACGAUAAUCGUGCGAAUCGAUCGAUUAUCUAGUUGAAAAACAAAGUCUAGAUCCAUUCGAAAUUACUGAGGAACACACUGAGUGUCUAAAUCAUACUCAUGAUAACUUGUAAUAGUGUACGUAUAUCUUCUCCCUUCAGUAUUUUCGAAACAACCGACAUUCUCUGCUCACGACAGAGAGUGUAUUGGAGUUCGCUGGUUUUUAAUACGAAGAUUAUUUAUGAUAAAACGUGUGAUGAAUCAUGAUGUCCUCGAGCCUUGUUAUAAUAAGGAUUACAAGUAGAUUAUCGAUAUUGAAAUGAAUAUAUACAUGUUCUGAAUGGUAUGAGAACUUUUGUGAUUCAAUGAUGAACAUUUUCAUGUAACGAUUAUUCAAUGUAUGCUACCUGUUUGAAUUAUCAACAAAACAACGACCAUUUGGAAUUCAUGA